UCAGAUCUGUCAAAAUGAGACCAUGAUGGUUUUCAUCACUGAGUGUUUCUGUCUGCUGGUUCUGAUGAACACCAGUGUGUAACUGUACAAAGCUGUUUGUCUGUUACUGUUGUUGUGUUUCCUUGUUGUCUUAAUGAAACACUGUGUCUUCACUCAGCUCCAGGAGGAGAAGAAGAAGAGAGAGGAAGAAGUUCAGAGGAAGAACCAGGAGCUGCAGGAGAAGACUGACCAGAUGGAGGGAAGCAAAGAUGAAGCCAUCAAGAAGGAGAGACGAGAUAAAGAGAAAGCUCAGAGUGAAGUGAAGAUACUGAAGGAUCAGCUGGAGUCCAAGAACAAAGAGUCUAAUAACAAACAAGCUGAAGUCCAGCAGCUCCAGCAGCAGAUUAAGAAGAUGGAAUCCGGCCUGCAGACCCUGAUGAAGGAUCUGGACUCCGACACAUUGGAGCGCUCUCCUCCCUCACACUCGGGAAGCAGCUCGUCUGGUCCAACCUGGUCUUUGUCUCCGUUUGGAGGAAACAAAGCUCAGGUCCAGUCUGUCCCUCUGUCAAAGUGGCCAGAAAUGUUGAGACAGAAGUUCCAGGAGAAGCUGCAGAAGAAGAUCACAGAGUCUAAUAACAAACAAGCUGAAGUCCAGCAGCUCCAGCAGCAGAUUAAGAAGAUGGAAUCCGACCUGCAGACCCUGAUGAAGGAUCUGGACUCCGACACAUUGGAGCGCUCUCCUCCCUCACACUCGGGAAGCAGCUCGUCUGGUCCAACCCGGUCUUUCCCUCAGUUUGGAGGAAACAAAGCUCAGGUCCAGUCUGUCCCUCUGUCAAAGUGGCCAGAAAUGUUGAGACAGAAGUUCCAGGAGAAGCUGCAGAAGAAGAUCACAGAGAUCCAGUUUAAAGAGCAGCAGGCUGAAGUCCAGCGGAAGCAAAUUGAGAAGAUGGAGACCAGCCUGCAGACCCUGAUGGAGGAUCUGGACUCCGGCACAUUGGAGGAUCUGAAAAAACACAUCUCGUCUGUUUCUGGCAAGUCCUCCUCCUCUCUGUCAGACUGGAUGUUACUUUUGAUGCAGAAGUUCCAGGAGGAGCUGCAGAAGAGAAAGGAAGCUGAGGAGAAAGUUCAGACCCUGGAGGAGGAACUGCAGACCAAAACCACUGAGAAACAGAACAGCAGCUCGCUCAGUCAGAACUCAACCACAGGACCUGCAGUUGUCUUUAAGGUCGACCGAUUGAACCAGUACAUCCAACUUAUAAACACAUCCACUCAGGACCAACAGCUGGGAGGCUGGAACUUAAAGAUACAGGUCAACAACAAUAAACCUGUUAUACAUCAGUUUACAGACUCAUUCAACCUCAAGGCUGAUCAACAUUUCACUGUGGGUUACUGUUGGUAUGGCAGUAGUUAUCCUCCUGCUGACCUGGUGUUGGAGGACCAGAAGUCCUGGAGCUAUACAGACAAACCGCAGGUCUCCCUCAUCAGCAACACUGGAAAGAUUCAAUAUAACUUAGAUCGUAUUUAAUGAAAGAUAAUAAUGAGUCCAGAUGUCUCAGCAUUGUUUCCUCCAUCUGACCUGCGAGCGUCUCCUCUGUUAGAGAUCAGAGCCAUCAGAGAAAUGAAGCAUCAUGAACACAAAGAUUCCCUCUGAGGGGAAACAGAGCUGAACUCCAGCAGACUGAAGACAUGAAACAUCUGGAACAUCAGGACUCACAUGUUCCUGCUUGUAAUGCAGUAAACAUGACAUCACACCACUGUCUCACCUGGAGACAGCAGACACUAACCUGUGUUAUUCAUAUUCAAUGGAACAUUAUCACAGUUUUCUCUUGUGACAUAUUAAACAUAUUCAGUUGUUAUAAAGAAUAAAAUAAAGUCAUCAAACUGAUUAUUUACAUUUAACUUUAUUUUACAUCACAAAUGUAUCUAAGGUGAUUAUGUAACAGCAAGUGUAUUCUGGAUCUUCUGAACAGUAAAUAUAUGUUUUAUUA